AUGGCGCCCUUUUCAAGCCUCUGCGCCACCCUAACCCAAGCAUAUCCUCCUGCUCCAGCUUUCACUGAGGCAAAUAUCCCCCCAGGCUCGCAAAAUGGUCGUGUUUUUAUUGUGACAGGUGGAAAUGCGGGUAUUGGACUUGAACUGUGCAAGAUCCUCUACGCCGGCGGAGCAACUGUCUAUAUGGCGUCUCGAUCCCAGGCCAAAGCAGAAACGGUCAUCAAAACGAUCACCGAGGCAUCGACAUCCAAGAAUACCAGUGGUAAACUGAAGUUCCUGCAUCUGGAUCUGAACGAUCUCUUGGUCGUCAAAGCUGCAGCAGAAAGCUUUGGGCAGCAGGAAGAUAAGCUAGAUGUGCUGUGGAACAAUGCCGGCACCGGCGCUAACGCCGUCACGAUUGGCCAACGCACAGCCCAAGGCUUCGAGCCUAUGAUAGGAAUGCACUGUAUUGCGACACUUCUUUUCACUAAACUCCUCCUCCCACAGCUGCGCGCCGCCACCAUUGCUUCUGGCAGGAGUGGCAAGACUCGCGUUGUCUGGACAUCGAGCGCUCUGGCAGAGGUGGGCUCAUCAACCAACGGCAUCAAUUUCGAGCAGUUGGACAAAGGAACAAAUAACCGCACUGAGAACUACGGGGCAUCCAAAGCGGGCACCUGGAUCCUCAGUCGGGAAUUUGCUCGUCGAUACGCCAAGGAUGAAAUCGUCAGUGUUUGUCUGAAUCCGGGCUUCUUGAAGACAGCUUCCUUCAAUGGGACCCCUGCAGCCGUCAUGUUCAUCUUGAACAAGGUUGUCCUGAGUGAUGCGAUCUACGGCGCGUACACGGAACUUUAUGCCGGACUCUCGCCCGACAUCACGUUGGAAAAUAGCGGUUCGUACAUCAUUCCCUGGGGUCGGAUCCGCCCUAAUGAGGCUACUCCACGACAGGAUCUCAUCAAGGCGGGGGGUACCAAGGAGGAAGGGGGUCUGGAUUAUGGGAGUAAGUUCUGGGCUUGGUGUGAAGGGGAAUGGAGGAGUUAUGUGUAG